AUCACAUCUGUUUUCAGUCCAGCAAACCUCCCUUGUUUUUGGGUCAUCACAUUCACAGCAGCCAUGUUAGACCUGGAGCUCUCAAUUUCUUUGCUCCUUUGCCUUUUAUCCUUACUUUUCUUCUUCUUCAUCAUCAAUUCCAAGUCUAUUUUCACAAGCUUUUGUUCCUCCAACAAGUCCGCUAAGAGUCCAAGAUCAUACCCCCUUAUCGGCUCUUUCCUCUCGAUCUAUGCAAAUCGAACCCGACUCAUUCAAUGGACAUCAGAUAUUCUGACCAGCACAUCCACUUCCACCUUCGUCCUUCACCGCCCUUUGGGCCGCCGCCAAGUCUUAACUGCCAAUCCUUCCAAUGUUCAGCAUAUUCUCAAGACCCAUUUCCAUAUCUACCAAAAAGGCGAAUUCUUUCGAACACACAUCUUCGACCUACUUGGCGAUGGCAUCUUUAAUGUUGACGGCGAGAACUGGAAGUUCCAGAGACAAGUUGCUAGCCAUGAAUUCAACACCAAAUCUUUACGCAAAUUUGUCGAAACUGUUGUCGACACGGAGCUCUCAGAUAGCCUCAUUCCUAUCUUCUCCACCGCAGCUGCGAACAAAACUGUGCUUGAUCUUCAGGACAUUCUUCAGAGAUUCGGAUUUGACAACAUAUGCAAGAUUGCUUUCGGACACGAUCCUGCCUAUUUGCUGCCAUCUCUUCCUCAAGAAAAAUUCGCUUUAGCCUUCGAAACUGCUGUUCAAAUCAGCAGUGAAAGGUUCAGAGCCUUUCAUCCCCUGAUUUGGAAAACUAAACGGCUUCUCGACAUUGGAUCUGAGAAACAGCUUCGAAUUUCUGUCAAUGAAGUUCGGGAAUUCGCCAGAGAAAUAGUCAAAGAAAAGAAGCAAGAACUGAGAGAAAAAUUAUCGCUCGAAUCCGUUGAUCUUUUAUCACGAUUCGUUAGUUCUGGACAUUCAGAUGAAAACUUCGUCACCGACAUAGUCAUCAGCUUCAUAUGCACACCACGAUUUUUUUUUAUCAAACAUGCCUCAUUCCUUCAAAACAUUUUAUAA